CACGCACAACCCCCUCAGGCCGACCGCCUCUGCUGCCGUUGCCUAGGCCACGGCUGAUACAACAACGCUCACUUCAACCACAACCACCACCACCACAACCACCACCACCACUACCACGGCUCCUGCGGAAGAAGUUGUUCAGACAUCAACCGGUCGACAACACCCCCCACCGCCCCGAAACAAGCACGUAAGGCGAGUACGAUGGAGGACAGCUCCGGCGACGCCCGCCUGGCCUUCCUCGAGGCGUACACCCUCAAGACGUUCCGCAUCAAGGCGGACCGGUGGCAGAAGUGCGUGGCCGUCGAGGACUGCCGGCGUCUCCUGCUCGACUUCCUCGACAACCGAGGAGCCGACCACUCGCCCCUGCUGGUCAUCUCGCUCACGCCCGCGGGGCUUCUGCAGCCCUCGUUGGGCUUCCCACCGCCGUCGGGGUCAGCGGCCAAGACGGCUGGGGCCAGCAGCGCGGCGAAAGCGGUCUUUUUCGCCAAGAAGUCGGCGGACACGUCCGGUGGCGGUGGUGGUGGUGGCGGUGGCUUCCCACCCAUCUCCGCCGAGACGAUCCGCAAGGCGCUGCUGUGCGGAGACCUCAGCUACGCGCCCCUGGAGCAGUUUGCCGCUCUGGUGGAGGAGGUGAUCGUGCCGAUCCUGGGCAACGAGAAAAAUCACGGAGGGUGGCCAGCGGUGGUGGCGCAGGACCUGCGGCGGCACCUGGGCAGCCUGCAGAGCAGCGUGUUCGUCGUGUCGGGGCAGGUCAAGGGCAAGACGCUGCUGCCCAUCCCGGCCGGUGCCGAGCGUGUGGUUGACGCUGACCGUCCGCUCAAAGAUGAGGACAGCGUGGACCGCUCGGUGGUGCACGCCAUCGAGUCGGUGGUCAUCGAGUGGAGCCACCAGAUCCAGGAGGUGCUGAAGAAGGACUCAUCCAGGCCUCUGAUGGAGGGACUCAACCCCAACCCCAGCGCCGAGCUGGAGUUCUGGCAAAGCAGAUACGCGGACUUGGAGUGCAUCCACGAGCAGCUGCAGUCCCGGCGCGUGUGCUCCAUGGGCGACCUCUUGGAGAAGACACAGAGCACCUACUUCCCGGCCUUCAAGGCCAUGAUACAGGACGUGGUCACAGCCCUGGAGGAGGCGCGCAACAUCAACAGCAACCUGAAGCCACUGAAGCGCACGAUGGAGGACGUGGAGGGUGCCGAGCUGAACGAGGCCGGACCGCUGCUGGCUCCGCUGAUGCGCGUCGUCGCCCUCGUGUGGCGCAACUCGCGUUUCUACCGAACGCCCGAGCGCAUCGUGGUGCUGCUGCAGGAGAUUUGCAACCUCCUCAUCCAGCAGGCCCGCACGUUCAUCAACGCUGAGGAGGUGCUGAAGGGCGAGGCGGAGGAGAACCUGGCCCGAGUGCGCGAGGCCCUCUCCAUCCUGCGCCUCUUCCGCUCCGUCUACGAGGAGGAGAGGGCGGCCCUGCCCUCCCUGCGCAAGGGCAGCGAUGACGAUGGCGGCGAUGACGGCGGCGACGACGGCUGGGAUUUCCCGCCCAACGCCGUCUUCUCACGCCUCGACCGCUUCACGGAGAGAGUCACCGACGUGGAGGAGCUGCUGGUGACGGCCGUGGACAUGUUCAAGCUGGAGAAGAUUGAGAUUGGGGGCCUCCGUGGCCGGGUGUUGAGCCAACGCAUCUGCGACAUCCACCAGCAGUUCCAGGAGCUGUUUGGGCAGUUUUCCGAGAAAACUUACGACUCCUUGGACGUGACAAACCAGGAGUUUGAAAAGGACGUACGGAACUUCAAGAUUCAGGUUGAAGACAGCGACCGGCAGCUCGGAGCGAUUUUCUGCCAAGCUUUCGCCGACGCACUGAGCGUGGAGCACGCCUUCAAGCUCAUUGACAUGUUCGGCUCUCUGCUGGAGAGGCCUCUGAUUGCGGAAGACGCCAACGUACACCUGCCGCGCCUCGUGACCAUGUUCGACCACGACCUGGACAGCGCCAAGGUCAUCUACAACCGACACAUCGCCACGGAGAAGGACCUGGGCCGGCCGCCCGUCAGUAAGAACAUGCCCUACGUGGCGGGAGGCCUGCGUUGGGCCCAGCUGCUGGAAGGGAGGAUCGAGGUUCCCUACAGGAAUUUCAAGCACUUCUCCCACCGGUGCAUGGAGACGGUCGAGGCGCACAGCAUGAUGCAGAAGUACGAGGAGAUGAUCGAGCUGCUCAAUAGGUACAAGGAGCGUCUCUUUGCCGAGUGGGCCCAGUCCGUGGGCGAGAGGUCGGAAUUCAACCUGUCCCAGCCGCUCAUCUGCCGGGACCCUGAGACUCGCCUCAUAUCGGUCAACUUCAACCCUCAGCUGGUGGCCGUGCUGCGGGAGGUGCGGUACCUGGAGUUGUUGGCCCGUGGCGGUGGCGGCGGCAGUGGCGGUGGCAGCGCUGGCAGCGUCGGUGGUAGUUUGGCAGGGGAGCAAGAUUUUGGCGGACUCAAGUCCGUGCCGGAGGAGGCGCAGAGACUGUACGCGGGGCGGGAGGAUUUGCGGCGGUGCGUGGAGAGCCUGGAGCUGACGGUCGGCUGGUACAACAAGGUGCUGCGCUCCGUGCUGGAGGUGGAGCUGCCCCUCGUGGCCGGGCAGCUCCAGGAGGUGGAUGACAAGUUGGAGCUGGCAGAGGGCACGCUCUGCUGGAAGAGUGAAGGCGUGUGGGAGUACAUCCAGACGACGCGCGACCUCGUCAAGGGCCUGGAGAGUCGCACGCAGAAGGCCAAGGAGAACGUGGAGGUGGCUUGCGGCCUCAUGAAGGCCUGGGUGUCGCCCGUUUUCGAGCGCAAGGAAGGCAAGAGGGAGACGCUCCUCAAUCUGGACGAUCGCAAGGAGCGGCUGGAGAAACGGUACCAGUCGCUGCGGGACUCGGGCCACAAGAUUCACGAGCUCCUCAAGGAGAACCUGGAGCUGCUGCAAGCGGACGCGAGCUCGGAGGAGUGGCAGGCGUACGUGGAGUACGUGGACGAGAUGGUGGUGGAUGGGUUCUUCACGGCCAUCGAGUGCUCGCUCAAGUUCCUCAUCGAGAACAUGGAUGCUCGGACGUGCGGAGCUCCGCUCUUCAAAGUGCGGCUGGAGCUGGUGGCGCCCGAGCUGGUGUUCAGCCCGUCGUUGGACGAGCAGGACAGCGGGGACGGCCUCGCGGACCUGGUGGAGGCGCUGGUGAACGACGUGUACCGCGUCUCGUCGCUGGUGCCGCGCCUCGCCGCGCACAGCAGCUUCCCGCACUACCAGGCGGACAUGGAGGACAUGGUCGACCUGGCCGACAUGCGGGACGAGCUGAUGCGGCGCGUGCGCACCGCGGCGGCCCGCUGCCUGGAGUACCGCUCGACGCUGGCGACGUACGCGCACCUCUGGGCCGACGACCGGCACGAAUACCUGCGCCAGUUCCUGCUCUACGGCCACGCGCUCACCCCCGAGGAGGUGGAGAUGCUCGCCACGGCACACACAGCGGCGGAUGACGACGAGGGGCACGCGGCGGGCGUGAUGGAGCAGCCCCCGACGCUAGCGCAGUUCCGCGAGCAGGUGGACAGCUACGAGCGGCUGCACGAGGAGGCGUCGCGGCUCGAGCCGUCCACCACGGCGGAGGGGUGGCUGCGCGUGGACGCGCGCCCCUUCAAGGCGUCGCUGCUCAACAUCAUCAAGCGCUGGAGCCUCAUGUUCAAGCAGCACCUGGUCGACCACGUCACCAACAGCCUCCUUGGCCUGGAGCAGUUUGUGCAGGAGAAGGAGGAGGGCCUGGGCCAGAAGAUAAAGGAGGGCGACUACCACGCCUUGGUGGACGUCAUGGGCCACCUGAUGGCCGUCAAGGAGCGGCAGGCGAGCACGGACGCAAUGUUCGAGCCGCUCAAGGAGACCAUCGAGCUCCUCAAGUCGUACGACCAAGAGCUUCCGGACGACGUCUACAGGCAGCUCGAGGAGCUGCCGGAGAAGUGGACGAACCUGAAGAAGGGCGCGGUGGCCAUGAAGCAGCAGGUGGCGCCGCUGCAGGCCGCCGAGGUGGCCGUGCUGCGCAGGAAGUGCGCCGCCUUCGACGUGGAGCAGCACCGCUUCCGCGAGCGCUUCCGAGCGAAGGCGCCGUUCUGCUAUGACUGCGCCAAGCCCUAUCCGCUGCUGGACACCUGGAACCGCGACCUGUCCUCCAUGGAGGCGUCGCUGGCCAGCCUGGCCGAGUCGGCCGGCCUCUUCGAGGUGGCCGUGCCGGACGCGCGGCAGCUGCGGCAGUGCCGCCGCGAGGCUCGCGCCCUCCGGGAGCUGUGGGACGUGACGGCGCUGGUGCGCUCCAGCGUGGGCGACUGGCGCGACACCAGGUGGCGGCAGCUGGACGUGGACGCGAUGGACGCCGAGUGCAAGCGGUUCGCGCGCGACCUCCGUGCGCUCGACAAGGAGACGCGCGCGUGGGACGCCUUCUCGGGCCUCGACUCGGAGGUGAAGAACAUGAUGACGUCGCUGCGAGCCGUCGCCGAGCUGCAGAACCCAGCGAUUCGCGAGCGGCACUGGCAGCAGCUCAUGCAGGCGACGGGCGUGCGCUUCUCGAUGGACGAAGACACCACGCUGGCCGACCUGCUGCAGCUGAACCUGCACUCGUUUGAGGACGAGGUGCGCUCCAUUGUGGACAAGGCAGUGAAGGAGAUGGGCAUGGAGAAGGUGCUCCGUGAGCUGCGCUCCACCUGGGGACAGAUGAGCUUCGGCUACGAGCCGCACCCGCGCACCGCCGUGCCGCUGCUGCGCUCCGACGAGGAGCUCAUCGAGACGCUGGAGGAGAACCAGGUGCAGCUGCAGAACUUGAUGACGUCCAAGUACGUGGCGUUCUUCCUGGAGGAGGUGUCGAGCUGGCAGCGGCGCCUCUCCACGGCCGACUCGGUCAUCUCCAUCUGGCUGGAGGUGCAGCGCACGUGGUCCCACCUCGAGAGCAUCUUCAUCGGCUCCGAGGACAUCCGCUCGCAGCUGCCCGAGGACAGCAAGCGCUUUGAGGGGAUCGACGCGGACUUCCGCGAGCGGGCGUACGACACAGAGAAGACCCCCAACGUGGUGGAAGCCACCAACAAGCCGGGGCUGUAUGAACAGCUGGAGGACAUUCAGGGCAGGCUGGCGCUGUGCGAGAAGGCCCUGGCCGAGUACCUGGACACCAAGCGCCUCGCCUUCCCUCGCUUCUACUUCAUCUCGUCGGCCGACCUCUUGGACAUUCUCUCCAACGGCACCAACCCUCAGCUGGUCCAGCGCCACCUGUCGAAGCUCUUUGACAACAUGGCCAAGAUGGAGUUCGAGAAGGGCCCAGGCGACACGGAGACGAAGAUCGGGCUCGGCAUGUACAGCAAGGAGGGAGAGUUCGUGGCCUUCAAUGCGCCGUGCGACUGCAGCGGCCCGGUGGAGGUCUGGCUGAACAGGCUGCUGGACAGCAUGAGAGACACGGUGCGAAACGAGAUGAUGGAGGCAGUGGUGGCUUACGAGGAGAAGCCAAGAGAACAGUGGCUCUUCGAUUAUCCGGCCCAGGUGGCCCUCACGUGCACACAGAUCUGGUGGACGACAGAGGUGGGCAUCUCGUUUGCUCGCCUAGAGGAGGGCUACGAGGGCGCGCUCAAGGAGUACUUCAAGAAGCAGGUGGCGCAGCUCAACACCCUCAUCUCCAUGCUCAUCGGGCAGCUGACGCCCGGGGACCGCCAGAAGAUCAUGACCAUCUGCACCAUCGAUGUGCACGCACGCGACGUCGUCACCAAGAUGAUCGCGCAGAAGGUGGAGAACUCGCAGGCGUUCAUUUGGCUGUCGCAGCUGCGUCACCGCUGGGACGACGAGAGGAAGCACUGCUACGCCAACAUCUGCGACGCGCAGUUCCUCUACUCCUAUGAGUACCUGGGCAACACGCCUCGCCUCGUCAUCACACCGCUCACCGACCGGUGCUACAUCACGCUGACCCAGUCGCUACACUUGACCAUGAGCGGAGCGCCAGCGGGGCCGGCCGGCACCGGCAAGACUGAGACCACCAAGGACUUGGGCCGGGCCCUGGGAAUCAUGGUCUACGUGUUCAACUGCUCCGAGCAGAUGGACUACAAGUCGUGCGGGAGCAUCUACAAGGGGCUGGCUCAGACGGGGGCGUGGGGGUGCUUUGACGAGUUCAACCGCAUCUCGGUGGAGGUGCUCUCUGUGGUGGCCGUGCAGGUGAAAUGCAUUCAAGACGCCAUUCGGGACAAGAAGAAGAGGUUCAACUUCCAAGGCGAGGAGAUCAACCUGGUGCCAUCGGUCGGCAUCUUCAUCACCAUGAACCCGGGCUACGCCGGCCGCACCGAGCUGCCCGAGAACCUCAAGGCCCUCUUCAGGCCGUGUGCGAUGGUGGUGCCGGACUUCGAGCUCAUCUGUGAGAUCAUGCUGGUAGCCGAGGGCUUCAUCGAGGCGCGGCUGCUGGCUCGCAAGUUCAUCACACUCUACCAGUUGUGCAAGGAGCUGCUCUCCAAGCAGGACCACUACGACUGGGGCCUGCGCGCGAUUAAGUCCGUGCUGGUGGUGGCCGGCUCGCUCAAGCGCAGCGACCCGGACCGCCCCGAGGACCAGGUGCUCAUGAGGGCCCUGCGCGACUUCAACGUCCCCAAGAUCGUGACGGACGACCUGCCCGUCUUCAUGGGCCUCAUCGGAGACCUCUUCCCCGCUCUGGACGUCCCUCGCAAGCGCGACCCCGAGUUCGAGCGAGCCGUCAAGGAGUCGGUGCUCGACCUGAAACUUCAGGCGGAGGACAACUUUGUUCUCAAGGUAGUGCAGCUGGAGGAGCUGCUGGCGGUGCGGCAUUCGGUGUUCGUGGUGGGCGGCGCCGGCACGGGCAAGUCGCAGGUGCUGCGCUCGCUGUACCGCACUUACCAGUUGGCGCGGCGACGUCCCGUCUGGGCCGACCUCAACCCCAAGGCGGUCACCAACGACGAGCUGUUUGGCAUCAUCAAUCCGGCGACCCGCGAGUGGAAAGACGGCCUCUUCUCAACGAUCAUGCGCGACCUGGCCAACAUCUCGCACGACGGGCCCAAGUGGAUCGUCCUGGAUGGAGACAUCGACCCCAUGUGGAUCGAGUCCCUCAACACGGUGAUGGAUGACAACAAGGUGCUGACGCUGGCCAGCAACGAGCGGAUCCCUCUCAACCCUACGAUGCGACUUCUUUUCGAGAUCAGCCACCUCCGCACGGCGACGCCAGCCACCGUCUCCCGAGCCGGAAUCCUCUACAUCAACCAGGCGGACCUGGGGUGGAACCCGCCGGUGAGCAGCUGGGUGGACGGGCGGGAGGUGCAGUCUGAGCGGGCCAACCUCAGCAUCCUCUUCGACAAAUACCUGCCCAUGUGCCUGGACACGCUACGCACACGGUUCAAGAAGAUCAUUCCCAUUCCGGAGCAGAGCAUGGUGCAGAUGCUGUGCCACCUGCUGGAGUGCCUGCUCACGCCCACCAACACGCCGCCCGACAGCCCCAAGGAGCUCUACGAGCUCUACUUCGUCUUUGCCACCGUGUGGGCCUUCGGCGGGGCAAUGUUUCAGGACCAGCUCGUUGACUACCGCAUGGAGUUCAGCAAGUGGUGGGUGACCGAGUUCAAGACCAUCAAGUUCCCGUCGCAGGGCACCGUCUUCGACUACUACAUUGACCCCGAGAGCAAAAAGUUCGAGCAGUGGACAAGACUCAUCCCCAAGUUCGAGCUGGAUCCGGAGAUUCCGCUUCAGGCGUGCAUGGUGCACACGAUGGAGACGAUGCGCGUGCGCUUCCUCAUGGACCUGCUGAUGGAGCGCCGGCGGCCCGUCAUGCUGGUGGGCGGAGCCGGCACGGGCAAGUCGGUGCUGGUGGGCGACAAGCUGUCGGCGCUGGACGGAGACGCCUACGCGGUGAAGAACGUGCCCUUCAACUACUACACCACCUCCGCCAUGCUGCAGGCCGUGCUGGAGAAGCCGCUGGAGAAGAAAGCGGGCCGUAACUACGGUCCGCCGGGCACCAAGAGGCUGGUCUACUUUGUGGACGACAUGAACAUGCCCGAGGUGGACGCCUACGGCACGGUGCAACCGCACACGCUCAUCCGCCAGCACCUGGACUACAACCACUGGUACGACCGUCAGAAGCUGAGCCUCAAGGAGAUUCACAACGUGCAGUACGUGGCCUGCAUGAAUCCCACCGCCGGCAGCUUCACCAUCAACUCGCGUCUCCAGCGCCACUUCUGCGUAUUUGCGCUCUCCUUCCCGGGCUCCGAGGCGCUGUCCAGCAUCUACAGCUCCAUCCUGGGGCAGCACUUGCGCGGCAGCAGCUUCCCUGCGGCCGUGCAGAAGACGGUGCCGGCGCUGGUGGGCCUGGCGCUAGCGCUGCACCAGAAGGUGUCCUCGGCCUUCCUGCCGACGGCCGUCAAGUUCCACUACAUCUUCAACCUGCGCGACCUCUCCAACGUUUUCCAGGGCAUCCUAUUCUCCACGCCCGAGUGCAUCAAGGUGCCCCAGGACCUGAUGAAGCUCUACCUGCACGAGUCGAACCGCGUCUACCGGGACAAGAUGCUGGACGAGAAGGACUUCCAGAACUUUGACAAGAUCCAGGUCGACACCGUCAAGAGGUUCUACGAUGACAUAGACGAGACCCUGGCGCAGGCGCAGCAGAUGAACAUCUUCUGCCACUUUGCGAGCGGCGUGGGCGAGCCCAAGUACCUGCCGGCGGCCAGCUGGGAGUCCCUGAACCGCAUCCUCGUGGAGGCCCUGGACAACUACAACGAAACCAACGCCGUCAUGAGCCUGGUGCUCUUCGAGGACGCCAUGGCCCACAUCUGCCGCAUAAACCGCAUCCUGGAGUCGCCGCGCGGCAACGCGCUGCUGGUCGGCGUCGGGGGCAGCGGGAAGCAGAGCCUCACCCGCCUGGCCGCGUUCAUCAGCUCCAUCGAGGUCUUCCAGAUCACGCUCAAGAAGGGCUACGGCAUCCCUGACCUCAAGGCCGACCUCGCGAACCUCUACAUCAAGGCUGGCGUGAAGAGCCUGAGCACCUUGCUACUGAUGACGGACGCCCAGGUGGCCGAUGAGAAGUUCCUGGUUCUGGUCAACGACCUCCUGGCCUCGGGCGAGAUCCCGGACCUGUUCCCCGACGACGAGGUGGAGAACGUCAUUAGCAGCGUGCGCAACGAGGUGAAGGCUGCCGGCCUCAUGGACACGCGCGAGACCUGCUGGAGGUUCUUCAUCGACCGCGUGCGCAGGAACCUCAAGGUGGCGCUGUGCUUCUCUCCCGUGGGGAACAAGCUGCGUGUGCGCGCCCGCAAGUUCCCGGCCGUGGUCAACUGCACGGCCAUCGACUGGUUCCACGAGUGGCCGCAGGUGGCACUGGAGUCGGUCAGCCUGCGCUUCCUGCAGGAGACGGAGAGCAUCGAGCCGAGCGUGCGUGAGUCGGUGAGCAAGUUCAUGUCGUUCGUCCACACGAGCGUGAACGAGAUGUCGCGGCAGUACCUGGCCAACGAGCGGCGGUACAACUACACGACGCCCAAGUCCUUCCUGGAGCAGAUCAAGCUGUACCAGAGCCUGCUGGCGAGCAAGCGAGCGGAGCUCACCGCCAAGAUGGAGCGUCUGGAGAAUGGCCUGCAGAAGUUGCAGAGCACCUCGGCGCAGGUGGACGACCUGAAGGCCAAGCUGGCGUCGCAGGAGGUGGAGCUGAAGCAGAAGAACGAGGACGCCGACAAGCUGAUCCAGGUGGUGGGCGUCGAGACGGAGAAGGUGUCCCGCGAGAAGGAGAUCGCCGACGGCGAGGAGGCCAAGGUGGCCGUGUUCGCCGAGGAGGUGGGCAAGCAGCAGCGCGAUUGCGCCGAGGACCUGGCCAAGGCCGAGCCGGCGCUGAUCGCCGCGCAGGAUGCCCUCAACACCCUCAACAAGAACAAUCUGACGGAGCUGAAAUCGUUCGGCUCCCCGCCCCCGGCCGUGAUCAACGUGACGGCGGCCGUGAUGGUGCUCAUGGCUCCCGGCGGGCGUAUCCCCAAGGACCGCAGCUGGAAGGCGGGGAAGAUCAUGAUGGCGAAGGUGGACCAGUUCCUGGACUCGCUCAUCCACUUCAACAAGGAGAACAUCCAUGAGAACUGCCUCAAGGCCAUAAGGCCCUACCUGCAGGAUCCGGCGUUCAAUCCCGAGAUGAUCCAGGCCAAGUCGCUGGCGGCCGGAGGCCUCUGCUCGUGGGUGGUGAACAUCGUCCGCUUCUACGAGGUCUACUGCGAGGUGGAGCCCAAGCGACAGGCACUGGGCAAGGCCAACUCUGACCUCGCCGCCGCCCAGGACAAGCUGACGAGCAUCAAGGCGAAGAUCACCGAGCUGAACACGAACCUGGCGAAGCUGACGGCGCAGUUCGAGAAGGCGACGGACGAGAAGCUCAAGUGCCAGGCAGAGGCGGAGAGCACGGCGCUCACCAUCUCGCUCGCCAACCGCCUGGUCGGUGGCCUGGCCUCGGAGAACGUGCGCUGGGCGGAGGCCGUGGGCUCCUUCCGGCGCCAGGAGCACACGCUGUGCGGGGACGUGCUGCUCGUCACCGCCUUCGUCUCCUACUUUGGCUACUUCACGCGCCGCUACCGCCACGAGCUGAUGGAGGGCCAGUGGAAGCCCUUCCUCAGCCAGCUGAAGGUUCCCAUCCCGAUCACGGAGGGGCUUGACCCGCUGUCGAUGCUGACGGACGACGCCGACAUCGCGGCGUGGCAGAACGAGGGCCUGCCGGCCGACCGCAUGUCCACCGAGAACGCGACGGUUCUCACGGGCACGCAGCGCUGGCCCCUCAUGGUCGACCCGCAGCUGCAGGGCAGCAAGUGGAUCCGCAACAAGUACGGCGAUGGCCUGCGGAUCGUCCGCAUCGGCCAGAGGGGGUAUCUGGACGUGAUCGAGAUGGCGCUGUCGGCCGGAGACACGGUGCUCAUCGAGAACCUGGAGGAGGCGGUGGACCCCGUGCUGGGGCCGCUGAUCGGCAGAGAGACCAUCAAGAAGGGCAGGUACAUAAAGAUCGGCGACAAGGAGUGCGAGUACAACGCCAACUUCCGGCUCAUCCUGCACACGAAGCUGGCCAACCCACACUACCAGCCCGAGAUGCAGGCGCAGUGCACGCUCAUCAACUUCACGGUGACGCGCGACGGCCUUGAGGACCAGCUGCUGGCCGCCGUCGUCAGCAUGGAGCGGCCUGACCUGGAGGAGCUGAAGUCGAACCUGACCAAGCAGCAGAACGACUUCAAGAUCACCCUGAAGAACCUGGAGGACAACCUCCUGUCGCGCCUGUCGGCCGCCUCGGGCAACUUCCUGGGCGACACGGCGCUCGUGGAGAACCUGGAGACCACCAAGCGCACGGCGGCCGAGAUCGAGGAGAAGGUCAAGGAGGCCAAGGUGACGGAAUUGAAGAUCAACGAGGCGCGCGAGCACUACCGGCCGGCGGCGGCGCGGGCUUCCCUCCUCUACUUCAUCAUGAACGACCUCAACAAGAUCCACCCCAUGUACCAGUUCUCGCUGAAGGCGUUCAGCGUGGUGUUCCAGAUGGCGGUGCAGCGGGCGGCGCCGGACGAGACGCUGAAGCAGCGCGUGGCUAACCUCAUGGACAGCAUCACCUUCUCCAUUUUCCAAUACACGACUCGGGGGCUCUUCGAGUGCGACAAGCUGACCUUCACGGCGCAGGUCGCCUUCCAGGUGCUGCUUACGAACCGUGAGAUCAUCCCGCAGGAGCUUGACUUCCUCCUGAGAUUCCCAGCUCAGCCGGGAGUGACCAGUCCCGUGGACUUCCUGUCAAACCAGUCGUGGGGCGGAAUCAAGGCCCUGUCAAACAUGGAGGCGUUCCAGAACCUGGACCGGGAUAUCGAGGGAUCGGCCAAGCGCUGGAAGAAGUUCGUGGAGUCGGAGGCGCCCGAGAAGGAGAAGUUCCCGCAGGAGUGGAAGAACAAGACUGCGCUGCAACGUCUGUGCAUGAUGCGCUCGCUACGCCCCGACCGCAUGACCUACGCCGUGCGGGACUUUGUGGAGGAGAAACUGGGCAACAAGUACGUGGCCGGGCGCUCGCUCGACUUUGCCGCCUCCUUCGAGGAGUCGGGUCCGGCCAUCCCCAUGUUCUUCAUCCUCUCACCGGGCGUGGACCCGCUCAAGGACGUGGAGCGGCACGGGAAGAAAUUGGGGAUCACGUUUGACCAGGGCAACUUCCACAACGUCUCGCUGGGCCAGGGCCAGGAGGUGGUGGCCGAACAGGCGCUGGAUCUGGCCGCCAGGGAAGGCCACUGGGUCAUCCUGCAGAACAUCCACCUGGUGGCCAAGUGGCUGGGCACGCUGGAGAAGAAGCUGGAGCAGCUGGGGGGCGAGUCGAGCUCGCCCCUCUUCCGCGUCUUCGUGAGCGCCGAGCCGGCCUCCUCGGCCGACUCGCACAUCAUCCCGCAGGGCAUCCUGGAGACCUCCAUCAAGAUCACCAACGAGCCGCCCUCUGGCAUGCACGCCAACCUGCACAAGGCCCUGGACAACUUCAACCAGGACACCCUGGAGAUGUGCGCGCGGGAAAACGAGUUCAAGAGCAUCCUGUUUGCGCUGUGCUACUUCCACGCGGUGGUGGCGGAGCGGCGCAAGUUUGGCGCGCAGGGCUGGAACCGCAGCUACCCGUUCAACACGGGCGACCUCACCAUCUCCGUGAACGUCCUCUACAACUACCUGGAGGCCAACUCCAAGGUGCCCUGGGACGACCUCCGCUACCUGUUUGGGGAGAUCAUGUACGGCGGCCACAUCACCGACGACUGGGACCGGCGUCUGUGCCGCACCUACCUGGAGGAGUACAUCCAGCCCGGCAUGCUGGACGGCGAGCUGUACCUGGCCCCCGGCUUCCCCAUCCCGCCCAACUCCGACUACAACGCCUACCACCAGUACAUUGACGACACGCUGCCGCCCGAGUCCCCCUACCUCUACGGGCUGCACCCCAACGCGGAGUUUGGCUUCCUGACGCAGACGUCGGAGAAGCUCUUCAAGACGGUGCUCGAGAUGCAGCCCAGGGACAGCAGCGGCUCCGAGGGGGGCGGCUCCACCCGCGAGGAGAAGGUGAAGGCCGUGCUGGACGAGAUCCUGGAGCGCAUGCCGGAGGAGUUUGGCAUGACGGAGCUGCUGGCGCGCGCCGAGGACCGCACGCCGUACGUGGUGGUGGCGCUGCAGGAGUGCGAGCGCAUGAACCUGCUGACGCGCGAGAUCCGCCGCUCGCUGCGCGAGCUCGACCUGGGCCUCAAGGGCGAGCUGACGAUGACGGGCGACAUGGAGGCGCUGCUGACGUCGCUGUUCUUCGACCAAGUGCCCGAGGGGUGGACCCGGCGUGCCUACCCGUCCAUGCUGGGCCUGGCGGCGUGGUUCAUCGACAUGCUGCAGCGCGCGCGCGAGCUCGAGGCGUGGACGAGCGACUUCGCGCUGCCGUCGGCCGUGUGGCUCACGGGGUUCUUCAACCCCCAGUCGUUCCUCACGGCCAUCAUGCAGUCGGCGGCGCGGCGCAACGAGUGGCCGCUGGACCGCAUGGCGCUGAGCUGCGACGUCACGAAGAAGGCGAGGGAGGAGCUGGGCGGGCCGCCUCGCGAGGGCGCCUACAUCCACGGCCUCUUCAUGGAGGGCGCUCGCUGGGACACGCAGACGGGGAUGAUAGCGGACGCUCGUCUCAAAGAGCUCCUGCCGCCGCUGCCCGUGGUGUUCCUGCGCGCGGUGCCCAGCGACAAGCAGGACACGCGCAGCGCGUACGCGUGCCCCGUGUACAAGACGCGCCAGCGCGGCCCCACCUUCGUCUGGACCUUCCACCUCAAGACAAGGGACAGCCCCGCCAAGUGGACUUUGGCUGGAGUGGCCCUGCUGCUGCAGUCUUAGCUCGGGAGCUCGGCUUCCCCGGCUAAUAGAGAUCCCACCCGCCCAAUCAGCACCUUAUCCACCGAACCACCCACCCGACCCAACCACCCAACCACCAAAUCACCCACCCAAUCACCCACCUACCCAAUCAGCACCUUACCCACCGACCGACCCACCAACCCACCCACCCAAUUACCCACCCAAUUACCCACCCAAUCGCCCACCCACCCAACAACCGAACCACCCACCAAAUCACCUACCCAACCACCAAAGCACCCACUCAAUCACCCACCUACCCACCGACCUACCCACCAACGCAGCAACCCACCCAAUCGCCCACCCAACCACCAAAUCAUUCACCCACCCACCCACCAACCCAACCAACCACCCAAUCACCCACCCACCCAAUUAUAUACCCACUGACCCACCCACCCAAUCACCCACCAACUGACCCACCCGCACAAUCACCCGCCCACUCUUCGCCCAUGAUUGGCAGCGGCACACAAGCAAGUAAGAAAAAUAAUCCUCGGGUUGCCCCGACGUGUUAAGUUGCCGUUGCGAUUGGCAGUGGGGGGGGGGCUCUAGACGUAAGCAAGAUAAGCAAAAGAUUAGGGGGGCCCCCACGCAGCUCACGAAGGGGCGGGCGGGGGGGGGUGGAGUGGGGUGUGCCAAAACCAGCUCAAAUUCAGAUUUUUUUGUGAAGAAAUUUUUUACAAAUUAUCGCAGCCCUAGCAGCACUCUUCGAGCAAAUGUCAUUGCGAGAAGUUCAUUGACUUCACUGCUCGACGACGAUGACCGUGGUAGGAGUUCGCCGGUGGCGGCGCGCCCAUCGUGCGAUGUUUGUCGCCGUCACCCUGACGCUCCGGCCGCCGCGGCCGUUCGGCAGGCGUGGCCGCAAAGUGGCGACAUCCCCCGUCCACCGAGGGAUUUGUUUAAACAACGGGGAAAGUCUCGUAAAAUCCUCCGCCUGUGUCCACCCAGCAGCGUGGAUGAACACGCCACCACCACCGCCGCCGCCGCCGCGAUGGCUAGUCGAUCCGGCAUGGUCGCGUGCGGUGGAGUAAAGUGUGGGUAAAUCCUCCUACACCUGUGGCCAGUGUAGAACAGCUGGCGGGAGGGAGGGCUCGUUAUGCUCGCCUCCUUAUUGUUCGCGAUUUGGGGUUGCGGUACAAUUCACGACUUGCGUUGUUGUUGUUGUUGUGAAUCUCGUGCCCGUAGUGGCCAUGUGGGCCGACCGCCUUGCAACGUAUCGGGUGAACAUUCGCGGGCGUUUGUCACGCUGCUAUUGGUCGGUCUUGGCGGUCGUUUGACCGUACUUCACCACACUGGUCAGCGCGCGUUGCUGUAUGGGAGGGCUUGCCCAGGACCGGAUGAGAUAUUUCUCACCCCUGACGCGGUGGGGCCCGUGGUCGGGAAUUGAACUCAGGUUUGCUGGGUUCAUGGCGCUAAUUGCUUAGCCACCACUCCGGCUCCCUCUACCACGGCAUGCAACGCGAACGAAAACUUUCGUUACUUUUUUACGCACUCGAUUCGGCGAAUGUAUCUCGAGAAUAACAAUCAUCGACUGCGAUCGAUGGAGCUAAAAAAGCAAGGAGCGCAGUGUAACGGGUGUUGGCAAACAUCUAAAAAUGCUGAAGCAUAAACACUGAAAAAUUACUUAAUUGGGAUCAAAGACAAAGAUCCCCCCCCCCCCUCCCUCCUGUUUAGCCUGUAACAGACUGUUGGCGCUGUUGCUGUUAGCGAGCACCUAUUAAGGCCGGCACGGCACGCGAUGGGGUGGUUGGUGAUGUUUUUCCGCACCGCACCAGGUAUUCAUUUGAGGCGGAGUCGACCUAGGGGAGGCCCAGGACUGGUGCAAAUAAUCGUCACCGGUGUUGGCCGCGAGCGGGAAUUAUCGAACGCGUAGCGCUGUAACCGCUUCGCUACUGCCGCUCCCCACAAUUUGAGAUCACCACACGGCAAAAAAUUACUCAGUUGGGAUCACACAGCAGUAAAAUCAGUCCCUCUUGCGAAACACCUGGCAGGACCCUCCUGCAACAGAAAAAAGAGUCUUGAGACUCAAUGUGCCUUUCCUGGGUAAAAAAAAAACCCAGCAUGAUGCUGUAAUCGUGGAUCAUUUACAAAAAAAAGUCGAUGUCUCGUCGUGAGGUCCGCAUGGCCGUGGGAUGUACCACUGUGUGCCAAGGGAGAAGGGGGGGGGGUGUUUUUGGUGGGGUUGAUUUUUGUUGUUGUUGGCUCAAGCCGCGUUGUGUGUACGUCGCAUUAGACAGUUGUUUUUGCUGCGUUUGUAUUCCAGCCGGAGGUGUUCUGCGCAACGCGUUGCCACGUCCAACGUGUUUCUGCGAAAUAAAACGUAAUAUAUUU